UAGAUUAAUUCUCCAGAACUCAGACGGCUCAGAAACAUCUAGAGAUCUUCAGGUGAUUGUUGAAGCUCCUAUUGGCUCAGUGGAAGUGUCAAUCACCUGCUCCUCCAGUGGGGUGAUGAGGGUGUCCUGCUCCUCUGAGGGGGAUCAGCUCCUCUACAGCUGGACUCUGAAUGGAGAUCCACAGAAGGAUGGAAACAGCAGCAUAGAUCUGGAUGAGAAAAGUGAGGGAAACAUCAGCUGCAGCGUGAAGAACCACGUCAGUCACGCACAGAACACCACGAGACUCAAACCCUGUCCUGGUCUGGAUUGGUUCUGCAGUUUUGAUCAGUCUGAUCCCUGUUACACAGCUCUGGGACACAAACUCAAUCUGAUGCUGGACUCUAGUGAAUAUGAUCUGAAGAUACAAAAGAGAACAAACAACCCACAAGAUGAUCCAGUUUGUAGAGUAAAGAAUGAUAAAAUGAAGAGGAGUCAAUGUGAUCUUUAUAGAAACAGACCUGAAGUAACAGUCAUUAAAGGGACUCUGAUAAUAAACCCUGUGAUCAGAACAGAUUCAGGGAAUUACAUAUUAACUGUCUAUAACUCAGACGGCUCAGAAACAUCUAGAGAUCUUCAGGUGAUUGUUGAAGCUCCUAUUGGCUCAGUGGAAGUGUCAAUCACCUGCUCCUCCAGUGGGGUGAUGAGGGUGUCCUGCUCCUCUGAGGGGGAUCAGCUCCUCUACAGCUGGACUCUGAAUGGAGAUCCACAGAAGGAUGGAAACAGCAGCAUAGAUCUGGAUGAGAGAAGUGAUGGAGACAUCAGCUGCAGCGUGAAGAACCACGUCAGUCACGCACAGAACACCAUGAGACUCAAACCCUGUCCUGCUCUGGGACACAAACUCAAUCUACUGAUGCUGGAUGCUAGUGAAUAUGAUCUGAGGAUACAAAAGAGAACAAACAACCCACAAGAUGAUCCAGUUUGUAGAGUAAAGAAUGAUAAAAUGAAGAGGAGUGAAUGUGAUCUUUAUAAUAACAGAUCUGAAGUAACAGUCAUUAAAGGGACUCUGAUAAUAAACCCUGUGAACAGAACAGAUUCAGGGAAUUAUAGAUUAACUCUCCUGAACUCAGACGGCUCAGAAACAUCUAGAGAUCUUCAGGUGAUUGUUGAAGCUCCUAUUGGCUCAGUGGAAGUGUCAAUCACCUGCUCCUCCAGUGGGGUGAUGAGGGUGUCCUGCUCCUCUGAGGGGGAUCAGCUCCUCUACAGCUGGACUCUGAAUGGAGAUCCACUGAAGGAUGGAAACAGCAGCAUUGAUCUGAAUGAGAAAAGUGAUGGAGACAUCAGCUGCAGCAUGAAGAACCACGUCAGUCACGCACAGAACACCAUGAGACUCAAACCCUGUCCUGGUCUGGAUCGGUUCUGCAGUUUUGAUCAGUCUGAUCCCUGUUACACAGCUCUGGGAGACAAACUCAAUCUGAUGUUGGACGCUAGUAAACAUGAUCUGAAGAUACAAAAGAGAAUAAACAACACACGAGAUGAUCCAGUUUGUAGAGUAAAGAAGGGCAGGAUGAAGAUGACUGAAUGUGAUCUUUAUAAUAACAGACCUGAAGUAAUAGUCAUUAAUGGGACUCUGAUAGUAAACCCUGUGAUCAGAACAGAUUCAGGGAAUUACAUAUUAACUGUCUAUAACUCAGACGGCUCAGAAAUAUCUAGAGAUCUUCAGGUGAUUGUUGAAGCUCCUAUUGGCUCAGUGGAGGUGUCAAUCACCUGCUCCUCCAGUGGGGUGAUGAGGGUGUCCUGCUCCUCUGAGGGGGAUCAGCUCCUCUACAGCUGGACUCUGAAUGGAGAUCCACAGAAGGAUGGAAACAGCAGCAUAGAUCUGGAUGAGAAAAGUGAGGGAAACAUCAGCUGCAGCGUGAAGAACCACGUCAGUCACGCACAGAACACCAUGAGACUCAAACCCUGUUCUUCUUUGUCUGUGGUGUUUGUUCUGGUCUGGUGUCUUCAGCUGAUGGUUCUGUUGAGUCUUUUAGGAGCUUUUCACAUCUACAUGAGACACACGUCAGGAAAGAAACAAGAAGAUCAGGAAGAGGAUGAGAAGAUUUAGAGAAGGACGUGAACACACAGCAGAAGAUUCAUCACAUCUAUGAGAAAUGAUUUCAUAAUCUCUCAGAUUCUCUCAUCAGUCCAGCUUUCACCCGUCAACCUCAGAUCUUUAAUAUAAAACCCAAAGAUGAGUUAAAACUAGGAGAUUCUGCGUGGAUUAAACCAGAUUUUCUACAGUUUAAUUAUGAAGAUUAUUUUCAGGGCGUUUUCAGGUCUUUUGUAAUAGUUUUAUCGCUUGUUUUACUUAUUUGUCUUCACACUUUGAAUGAACUUUUAUUACUUUUAUUAGAUUACAUGAAACUCCUUCUGAUCAUCACUGAUAAAAUAGUCCUUUUUCUGAAUCAGAUUGAUCACAUUGUGUUUAUUUUUAUAUGCGUGCUCUUGC